AUGUCGUCCAUGCGCAAUGCCGUCCAGCGGCGUAAUCACAAAGAGCGUGCGCAACCCAUUGAACGCGAGAAAUGGGGCCUACUCGAGAAGCGCAAAGACUACAAGCUGCGCGCAGCCGACCAUCGACAGAAGAAGGCAAAACUCAAGAUUCUGAGCGAGAAGGCUCGCGACCGCAAUCCUGAUGAGUUCUCGUUCAAGAUGAUGUCAUCUCAGGUGGACAAGCAGGGAAGGAAGAUUGUGGAUCGAGGCAAUAGGGCGCUGAGUGUGGAGGUGGUCAAGUUGCUGAAGACACAAGAUGCGGGGUAUAUUCGCACAAUGUUGCAAAUGGCACGCAAGGAGAGGGAGGAGUUGGAGCAAAAGCUCAUCAUGGAGGAGCAGGGCGAGGUCCGGGCUGUCAGAGACGGGGAGAGGGUGAAGCCGGGCAAGCACAGGGUUUUUGUGGAGGAUGAAGAGGAGCAAGAGGAGUUUGAUCCGGACUCGUGGUUUGGACAAGGCAAAGAUAUGCCUGCGCGCAACGAUUCACCCACAUUUGGCGACCUUCAAGACGACCUCUCGGAAGAGGAAGAACAACUCAUCCAGCAGUCCGGCACAUUAUCCAAAAAGAAGAUUGAGGCACAAGAGCAGGCGAGACGGGAAGCAAGAAAGUUCCGCAAAGACCGAGAACGAGGACAGGAAAGACUAGUGACAAGGUUGCGAGCGAUCAAGAAGCGGGAGAGCGAGCUCGCUGCGGCCGAGGAGGAACUGGAGCUGCAGCGCGCAAAGAUGAACAACACAGUAGGAGGUGUCAACAAGAACGGCGUAAAAUUCAAGAUUCGGGAGCGCAAGCGCUGA